AUGGCUCCACAAGAUUUCCAACUCUGGGAGAAGUGCGGUAUUUCUCCAAAGCACAUUUCCCAAGUACAAGUCGAGAAGAUGAUCCACGAAGUCUACGUCCCCAUUAUCAACAAGCAUAUCCGUUCCGGUAAAAGGGCAGAGCAUUUGUUUGCUGCCCAAAGGGAAUCUAUAUAUACAGGAUUCGUUCGCAUCGUCUCGCAGCUACCUCCGUCUGUGUUGGCUCAUGUCCCGAAUCAGAUGGAGGUUGUGUUGUAUAUGUAUGAUCGCCUCAAGUAUAUUCGACAUAACGAUCCUGCGUGGAUGAAAAUCAUGUCGGAACCUGCUGCUUAG